AUGCGAAAUGGCCAUGUGGUUCGUUCUGCAGUUCCUUUUCCACCACAAUUGUGGUCGGUAUAUGACUCUAUCCAAUUGGGGAUUUCAAGAACCCAAAAUGUAGUUGAGGCUUGGCAUCGUAGAUGGGAAGUUCUGGUUGGUGAAUCCCAUGUAGGACUUUUUACUAUUAUUAAUGAGAUUCAAAGAGAACAGCAGCAGGUUGAGCUUCAAAUUGAAUGUAUUAUAUGUGGAGAACAAAGAAAGAAGCAGAAAAAAGUUUGGAUUGAAAGAGAAAAUAGGAUUAUGUCAAUUAUUAAUGAGCGAAGUAACCGUUCACUUAUGAAAUUUCUUCGUGGUAUUGCCCACAAUCUUUCUUUUUAA